AUGUCGUUAUAUCUUCAUGACUUGGGUCCAGAGGCGGUGUCGUAUCGACAUCUACUCGAUGAAGUGAAGCGUCAACUUGACAUUACGUACGAUGAAUUUGACUGCUGGAUUUAUGGAUUUUUGGAGAACAAAAAAUAUAACAUCCGGGAGACGGUUGCAAAAUUACAACGUCGAUUUGCAAUGGAAGUCAACGAAUUGGCGACGUACACUCUUACGGAUUACAUGCAGGAGUCAUUACGCUCUGGCAUUGUUCAGUUUGUUGGGGAGGAUAAAUUGGGGCGCACGGUGCUUUACGUUAUGGCCCAAAGGGACCACCCGGUUUCAUCACGCCGAGAAGAAAAUAAACGCACUUUUGACAUGAUGUUGAGCUACGGGACACGUCUUCGCGCUGACAGCAAGCGGUGCCAAAUGGUGAUGCUCAUCAACCAAGAAAAGGCCAGCUUGUGGAGCAAUGUGGACAUGACAUUUCAGGCGGACAUUGCCCUCCGUAUCGCAAAGUUUUUUCCUGGUGCGGUGGACAAGAUGUACAUUUGCAAAAUGAACCGUACCCUGGCGGCCGUGGCCAAACCCAUCUUUUCACGGCUUCCGGCUAUUGUGUCGGAUCGUAUUAUUAUUAUCUCCGAUAGCGAGCUGAAGGCUGGGAAGUUGUUGGAGUACUUUGAUGAGAGUGUCCUGCCGGUGGCGCUGGGCGGCAGCAAUGACUGUGACCAUCCGCAACAUUGGGCGGAACACGCAGCUUUAGUUGAGGGGUAUUACGCUCAGUUAAAAGAGGCGGUACUCGGUGGUGGGCUUUCGGUGAAGGCGUGGGAACUGACUUGUCUUGAGAGGCGUCGUGCGCCAAGUAUUAUGCAUUCAACAGCGUCCGAUUUGUGCAAGGCGGACUCCCUUGUGACUUGCUACUCGGGCAUGGCUGAAGAAUAUUACGAUGAUGUCACCGGGACGGACCUGGGCAGCGAACUUUUGCGAGAGGCAGAUGAGUGGAAAAACGCUAUGCGCUGUUUUCCGCGCUCCCUGUCCUUGUUUUUUAUGGAGGAGCUGCAGCGGUGGCGUAUCGCAGUUGACUCGGAAGAGAUUGCCGCACGCUACAAAAUUCUUGAUGAGCAUAUUGCAGUACGCAGGGAGAUGGAUGCGUCAUUGCCAGAAAUUAACGUGAAGGCCACGAAUUGGUACAAAAGAAUCCCCAUGCAGCUUCGCUUUCUCUACCGGUUUGGGUUUGUUGCCCUCGGGGUAUUAAAUGGCGUAUAUUUCUUUGCUGCCCUUGUCUUUCUUGCAGUUUUGAGCGCAAAUGUUAUCGCAACACUCUUUUUCGGUUUCUUUGUGAGGUGGAAUUAUAUCUUUCCCCUUGGCGCGACACUCGCCAUGGCUGUCAUUCAAGGCUUUGCUUCGUGUUCUCGUGCGGUGGAAAUGCUUGUCGCCAUGGCACGCGGAAAAGUCAUUCGACCAUUUGAGACCAUUGGGACCCAAUUGGGAUCGGUGGCGCAAAUGUGUCUUUUUGUGGUGCUGGUGGCGGUGCAGUUUAUUGUUUUCUGCGUCUACGCCACGUUGUACUCCCCGCUGCGUGGUCUGCAGGUCUCUUUUGCCGUCGGGUGGUUGAGCGCUGUCUUUAUUGUGGCAAUCUGUCAUCUGGUAUUUUUUUUUGACUGGCUGAAUGCGCGACAGCGGUUACGGAGGGGUCGGCAUAUUAUACCGCUCUCACUUUUUGUGCUGCUGAACCUACACGAGGCGGCGGAGCGGGAUUUGGACGUGUACGCGAUAACAACCUCAUCUUACGUCAUAUGUGGCAUCCCUGUCUUUCUGAGCAUGUUUCUUGGCAUUGGGUUUCUGAUCAGUCGUAUCGUUGGGUUUGCGGCAGCUGUUUGUGCGGCAGCUGUGCUUGCUUCGUUUACAGCCACGUAUUACUUGGAUUCCCUGUCAAAUGCGCUAAGCGGCAAACUGCUCCGAACCGCCGUAUGGAUAGCCAGCUUGGUGUGGGUCUUUGACUGCUACGCCUUUGGAUUUCUCAACGACGGUCGUAAGUGGUACGUGCCGGUUGUGAUCGCGUCCAUCAUAUCCAUCUGGUUUCUCUUUGUCUCCUUCAUUUGCUUGAAGAAGGACGAGUUUCAUGUUCUCUCACGUCUGACGGUUGUGUCCCUUGUGAUUCUUUUCUGUGCCACAUGGAUCUCGAGUUUCCCUAUUGUUGGUUGGAGGAUUGGCCUCUUUUGUGUUUGCCUCAUGAUCCACAAUGCACUUGGGAUGCUCGUUAGCCGUGCGGAGCUGACGAAUAUUGGCGGAGUAUUUGUGGUGUCCGCGGCAGCUCUUUUGAUCAUCAUGUCCUGCACACUACUUGGCUGGUACGGCACAAGUCCGCAUUGCGCAUUACCCCGCAGUCUUUCACGUGAGGCGGCGGCAACUCCUCUGACGCCACUUGCGGAAUACCACCGUUACCCCGUCUGCAGCCUUCGUACGGCAAGCGGGCUUGCCAUUACCGAUUUGGCGCUGCUCACCCAACUUGUCAAUUCUUACGGCACCGACGCCUUUUUUUUUGACUUUGAAAACUGGUUUAACUCCACCGAUUUUUCAUAUGGCGGCGUCGUCCAGGAGUUUUUUUCCGGGGAGGG